AUGCUCAUCGAGCUUGCCCGAGGGAGGGGCUUUAUGCUCACCGGCCGGCCAAGCUAUAUCAAGCUUUUGAAAGGCACGUGUCACAACCUCCAGCAGCUCCUUGCUAACGGGUUUAGACGGGCUCUGAGUUCCGACAUAUUUAUUGGCGUAACGUGGGGCCCUGAAGGUCAGCACAAAGGUCGAAAACCUGAACAGGGGACCGAGCAUCCUGUGGGCUACAGCCGCUGGAAACAAAAAUUCAGAGAAAAAAAGGUCCGUGAAGCCACACACGGGGCACAGGUUGAUGAGCCACUACAGCAGGUGCAACCAGGUGACUACGUGUAUAUCAAAGUGUUCAAAAGGAAACACUGGAGUGAGCCACGCCGUGAAGGCCCAUUCAAGGUGGUACUAGCAACUCCUACCGCAGUCAAGGUUGAAGGUAAGGAAUACUGGUAUCAUCUUAACCAUUGUUGCAGAGCUGCGGUGAAAGGACCAGAGUGGAGGAAAUCUCGGGCUGAGUUGGCACGCUGCGCCCACUCUGAUGACUCAGAAGACGACGACGACGGCGCAGGCCCAGCACAGGACAGAGGACCAGCAUACAGGACACGUGCCAAAACCACACAACCACGGCCAGUUGAAGGAGAACCGAGGCCAGGUUGUUCGUAUCAGGUUGAUUCACGACCACCACAUGACACACUAGACUCUGACAAACUAGAAGAGACUGUGCAGAGACUACUAGGCAACGAAGAAAACACUGUCACUCCACCUGAACAGUUUGACACUCUUAAUCUACAAGAUCUAGUAGACUUAGAUAUCGAUCUACCUGUGGAACCAUGAUGAAAAAUUCCUAAAGUCCAAACGGACUCUCACCAACAGACACUGGGCAGUACUCGUUAUGGCUUUAGCAGUAUGGUUCAUUUGCCCUUACAUUUUCAUUAACCGUAAUUUACAUCGUCCAGCAGAUAUAUCAGUCCCUUUGUCCAACAUUUCCCUAAAUAACUAUUCCCAACCCGCACAAUGUCCACAAAUAGAUACAAAAGGUCUAAACCACUAGGGUCUCUAGGUCACCUUGCUAAAACUAGUCUCACUUCAGAACAGGCUGCAAAGGUUUCGGUACAUAUGGC